CGAUAUUCCAGCUUUGUCGGUUUAGCUGCCAAGAACAUAAACAUACAGCACGAAUAUCCAGAAAUUUGCAUCUCUACCGUAAUGGAUAGAAAAGGACGCACACCGCGCAUUCUCAAGAUGGCCGCCGCAGCCAAAGACGGCAUCAGAACACUAGUAGAUAAGGUUGCAGCAGGACGAGACGAAAGCGAUGACCAAAACGAGAGGUCACCUCUCCUCGCAGACUUGGAAUCAGCAGAGACGGCAUCGGCCAAGCGCACAGUUGUCCUCCCAACAGCAGCAACGAAAGCCAGACAACUGCGCCAAGAUCAAGAAUAUCAGAACAGCAUCAAACCAGCUCUACCUCCACGCUCCUUCCUAGCCUCCUCAUCGUCGACCCUCACUCCUGACCCAAACGCGGACAUUCCGUCGGCGCUACGAGCCAAACGGCAAGACGGAUUGACUACAUCAUCUACUGCCAGAAAUUACGGAGCAAUCGCGGGCGACUACAGGGGAUCAACAUCUGCAUCGCAAGUUAUUGUUGAAGUGAAUGCAGCAACGGACAGAGCUCAUGAGGUGGUAGGGAAAUUGAUUGAGCGAGCUAAACUGGAAACGGCCAGCUCAUUGUUCAAGAGAAGAGCAAGGCGGGUGGAAAGUGAUACUUGGUUCAGGAAGCACAAGUCGACUCUCCUUUGGUAUGGCUCUGGGGUGCUUGCAACACUAAUAUUACUCUGUGUUUUGUGGGCCUUGUUGUCGAUUGCCUUGACUCCUCAUCGCACUGUGCCCGCACCUGCACAACCGGCGGUGAAUCCGGCUCCUGGAGAGCCUCCAGGUCCACAACAACCGCUUGCAUAUUGA